UGUUUGCUUAUGAUAAGAAGUGAACCUCCCCAAAACAUCUAACCCUCUCUCUCUCUCCUCAUGCACCUUUUUCCUUUGCUAUUUAAUUUUGUUUUGUUUCUUCUAUAUUCCUUCUUGUGUGUUUUGUCCACUGCUUAACCUGUUUCUACAGAUCAAGAACAACAUGCAUCACACUCACCAACAUCCUCUUCUUUGUUUGUAUUGCCACCCACAUUCCUAUAUUAGGAUGGUUCAACAUCUUAUUGAGAGAUGCUUGCUCCUUCAUAUGAGCCUGGACCAGUGCAUUAAGGCUCUAGCAGAGCAUGCCAGCAUCACCCCACUUGUUACCCUUACAGUGUGGAAAGAGUUACAGAAAGAGAACAAAGACUUCUUUAGGGCAUAUUAUUCACAGAAUUUCUCUCCCAGGCCUAUCAAUGGCAGAAGCUUUCAAAUGGCACCAUGAUUACCAAGAAGGAAACGAUGGAAAUAAGAGAAUUUGGGAGGAAUCACUGUGUAAUCCUAUGUUUACAAAAAGAAUCGGGAACUAUGUUACCAGUUACUAUCAAGUUCAAGAAGGAUCAGGGUUAAAUUCUUAUAAAAUACUAGCUUGAGAGUGAUGAUUACUGGUUGUGAUAAGCAAGUUGUAUUAGAAACUUCUGUGCCUACCUCUUUUGUAUAUUUGUGCGUUUGUUUGUAUUACCUUACUAAAGAUAGAGACGAAAAGGUUGUUUAACA